CUCGACGGACUCUGGUAUCAACUCAGCAUCUACCAGCGGAAUACAAUUCUCUCGUGGAUCCGCUCAAUUUCCUCUCUCCACUCCCACAUAGGCGCAAAUCUACUGCCAAACACACGAGCACCCAAACACACAACACCAUGUCGUCCACAACACCUCCAGCAGAACCCCCAUUUCGCCGCACGCGCUCCAAAUCGCCGCGAUCACGUCCAACAACACCGCUCCGUCCAUCUUCGCGGUCCUCGUUCCGCGAUAGCGUGUCCCGCGCUCGAGGACCAUACACCUCGUCCACGAACCCCCUCGAAGACCUGCAGGACCAAUUCGCAGAACUCAGUGACGCCAUGGCUGACUUGGAACAAAACUUUGUCGCGCUACAGCUCAUGCACGAGAGUCUGUCACGAUUUAGCGAGAGCUUCGCAGGGUUUCUGUACGGGAUGAACAUGAAUGCUUUCUGCGUGGAUUUCCCAGAGGCACCCAUCCCCGAAUCCUUCGCCCGCCCACAGAACAACCCGGACUUCUCGUCUAGUGUGAAUCGCGCUGAGCCGGACGUCGAAGCUACGUUUCUCACCACGGAUACGUCGUUUGUCGAGAACCCUCCAAGCAGCAAAGUGGCCACGAAAUUUCAGAACCCGGUCACGCCUGCGCCCGCGGCAAAGACGGCAGGUGCGACAAGAGGGAGGGGUGGUAUACCGCGAGGACGCGGUGGAAUACCAACGAGGGGCGGCGUAAACAGGGGCAGGGGAGGAAGUGGAAUUGCUCGGGGCACCGGUAGAGGAAGAGGUAGAGGGGCCGUGUAG